AUGCACACCACAGCCCACAUGGAUAAACUUGAUCGGAUGGAGGAGUCGCCGGCGCAGAAGCGUGGCGCCAGCAUGAUCUUCCGCAUCGAGCAACUGCUGCCAGGUGGCACAACAACAACAGCAGCAACAACUACAACAGCGCCCACAACAAUAGCGCCAACCACAAGUCAAACACAAGCCAAGCGCAGCCGCGUCAAUCUACGCGCGGGUGUCUAUGCCGCACAAUAUACGCCAAAGGACACGUGCUCGCAGCACGUGCCAACAGCCACUUUGCUUAGCUGCUUGAGUGCGCCCACGCCCACUGAGGCGCACGCCCAUUGCACUCUGGCCAAUGGCGAGCUGACAAUGAGCUCAACGCUGCUGCGCCAGAUUAAGCUCUCCGAGGAUAUUUAUAGCUUCAAUGCGCUGUUCGAGCUGCACGCCGGACAGUUGCGCGUGCGCCUAGUGCGCGAUGUGGCGCGCGAUGAUGAGAUUGUGGCCUGGUUUGGCGAGGAGCUGGUGCUGCUCAUGGGCAUACCCUUUCUAACGCCGCUCAAUAUACAAGGCAACAAUCGCUACACGUGCCAUCUGUGCCACUUGACCUUUGAGACGCCGCAUCCGCUGAAGAUACAUUUGGCCCUGGGUUGUGGUCGCAGCGCCAUGGACUUGCUGUGGAUGCGUCUGCACUAUGCCUUGAAGGCAGCGACGCGCUCGGAAGCCGCACAGCUCUCACCCACAAUGGCCGCCACUUCCUCAACUUCAUCCGCCUCGCCCACGCAUUCGCCGCCGCCCGCUGUUGCUCCCACACGCUUCUCCGCCUUUCGCCCCAUAGCUAUGCAGUCGCCCUUAAACUUGCCCAGCGUGCAUCCAGCUCCCGCCACUAGCCACCUGCCUUACCUGCCCUCCAUGUCCAUGGCAGCGCCGUCGACGCAUCCCAUGAACGCGGCCGCCCAGAUUGAGGCUAUUGUCAGCAACAUGGGUGCCUCCAAGCAGGGCCAUUUAUGCAUCUACUGCGGUAAGGUCUACUCCCGCAAGUACGGCCUCAAGAUUCACAUACGCACCCAUACGGGCUUUAAGCCGCUCAAGUGCAAGUUCUGUCUGCGUCCCUUCGGCGAUCCCAGCAAUCUCAACAAGCAUGUGCGUCUGCAUCUCCAGGCCCAGACCGGCGGCAGCGAUAUGCACAUUGAUGUGGACGGCGAGAGUGAGACAACAUAUCAGUGUCGCUUGUGCCACAAAACGCUGGCGCGACGCCGUGACCUGCAGCGGCAUAUGGAGACGCGACACGGUGGACACACUUACUUGUAA